UAUAAUUCUUUGGAUUGUGGAAGGUCUCUGAUUAAUUUUUAAUUCUGUAGUCUUCGUUUUCGCGUUCUCAAUGGGAUUUACUGAGUGAUUUGAACGAAAUUACAACAAUUUGUAAUUAUGACUUUCUACAAGAAAACUAGCAUUAUUCUCGAUCAUCGCCCUAAGUUAUUGGGUCCUUCCAGAGUGUUGGUAGAUAUAGACAGUGUCGGUGCAAAGACUAAAGGAGGAUCAAAGUCUCAUGGUUUAACAAUUUUCAAAUCAGUAUGGACGUGUAUGGUGGAAGCAUCAGUAGAGUAUAGCAGAGUUAUAUUUGACUUAUUUCCGUCUCAGUAUUUGGUUAAGCUAAUUGUAUCAGAUACAAAGGCUUAUUCAAUAAAUUCAUGGGGUGAAAAGGAACAGUGUAUUUCUCAGCUUCUCAAGCCUCUUGCUGCUUUGAAUCUCAAGAACAAGACAGAAUCUGAGAAUGACGCUUCAAUCACACACGGUUUGAUAGAUGCUGUCCAAACAUUCUUUGUUUGUCCUGGACAGAAAAAACGAAUCGUAAAUGACUUCAAUGGAAAAGGAAGAAUUAUAUGUCUGACUUCGUUUGAUAGCGAAGAGAAAGUGAACGAAGCUGUAGAUGCUGUGUGUAAGGAAUUUAAGUUAGUUACAGAAAUGUCGAAGUCAAAAAGCUCAAUUUUUCUGGAGUUCGUUGAUGUUGUCUUUCUUCAUAUACCACGUUCACCGGGGAGCUGUAAACUUCGCGAGAGAAGUUUGAAGCCAAUUCAGAACAUAUGCAUCACUGUGCAGAUAGUCAAUGCUUCCCAACUGAUAUCGAAAAUGACUUCAUUAGUUCAAAGACAUUUUAACCUUAAGACUACAGUUGUCACUGGUAUCCCAAUGAAGGAAGAGCAACAUCUUGGAGGUCCAAUGAAUUACGACGUUGAAUUGUAUCACAGUUCUAAUGUUCAUUAUGAAUUAGAUAUGUUCAACAUAUACUGCAAAGACAUCUUAGGACCAUGUGAAUUGUCACAACGGCAAGAAAUUCUAAAUGAUACCGUCACAUUGCGUUGGUGUACGACUCCUAAAGCUGUUAGUAAUGCAGAACCUCAACAUUGUAUUGGAGUAUUCAGGUUUACAGUUGCUGAGGUCAAUAGCCGCCCAGCUGCUUGUCUGGUUUCAUUUUUACUUCAAGGAAAGAAUGUGCUGCUCGAGCAGCCUAAGAAGUCUGGAAGCAAACUGAUAUCUCAUAUUUUGACAAGUCAUGCCGGAGACUUGUUCAUUCACUGCCUUGGCAACAGCAGAACUCCUUUGGAAGACCCGCCAUCUAUCAGUGAAGGAUGUGGAGGAAGAGUUACUGAUUAUAGGAUUAAUGACUUUGGCGAGUUUAUGAAAAAUAAUAGACUUGCGCCAUUAAUCGGAACAAAACAGAAAGGAAUUGUACCUUUCCAAAAAGCUGUGUCAAGACUGGAACGUUCUACUCGUAUGUGGCCUAUGGUGAUAAACGAGACAGUGCUUUUUAAUUUGAUGGCUCAACAUUUAGAACCUCUGAAAGCAGUAAGUUUGAAAGAACAUCUUACUGAUGAAGACUUCAACGAAUGUACAAAGGCCAUCAAUGCUUUGCAAAUGAUGGAAAAUCAAAAUGAUCCUUUACCUGUCGCCUCUUUUGGGUUCAGAGGAAAGGGACCUAAGCGUGACGAACAAUAUCGACAACUUUGGGUGGAAUUGGAAACAUUUCUCCGCUGCUCGAGAUUGACCUCCAAAAUGCACGCAAAACUUUUUAACUAUCUGCGCAAUGAUGUAGAUAUUGAUGAAGAGAAUCUUGAUGAUUCUAUAACUGCCACCAAUGACAAUGAUCACGAGUCGAAAACAAGACAGGCAUGGCUCGAACUAGAUAGUUAUAAUGAUAUUACCGAAAGAGAAAGAACUGAAUUCUUUUCUGAAGACAAGAAACAUGACAAAUUCUAUAAAAGAGCACUCUCUGGUCCCUCAGAAGAAACGGUGCCAGUUAAUAAAAGCCAACGAACGGUCACUCAACUGUCAUUUGAAUCAGGUGACUCCAAGGUCUCGUUGCUAAGUGUAUGGUGCAGCAGAAUGGAUACUAUGGCUGCGUCUAGGCAUAAAGAGUUUGAAGGACGUUCAAAUCAGACGGAAGGUUUAGCUGUACUCUAUAGUGAUACAGAAUAGUCAUUAAUUUUAAUGUGUAUAUAUAGCCUGCAUAUUCAUAAAAUGAAUUAAAAAAAUAGAGUGUGA